CACACAGACACACACACACAAACACACACUCAGACCUCAGUCCUGGAACAAACGCAGAGCUGGUUCAUGGAAAUGGAAUCCAAAAUGGAAAGAGGUCUAAAGAGAGGACCCAAAAGCACAGAUGACUUGAUUUCUGAAGUGGGUUCAGGAGGCCUGGGCUGCUUUGGCUGGUUACUUGUCAUCCUUUCAAGUCUAUUUACUGCAAUGCUGUUUCCCUUCACCAUCUGGUUCUGCAUAAAGAUAGUUCAGGAGUAUGAACGGGCUGUCAUCUUCAGACUGGGCCGGAUUACAGAUAGGAAAGCCAAGGGACCCGGCAUCUUCUUUGUACUGCCAUGCACUGACUCCUUUGUGAAAGUGGACCUGAGAACCGUGUCAUUUGACAUCCCUCCCCAGGAGAUCCUGACUAAGGACUCAGUGACGGUGUGUGUUGAUGGGGUCGUGUACUUCCGGGUCAGUGACCCCAUCUCCUCCGUGGCAAAUGUGUCCAACGCAGACUUCUCAACCCGACUCCUGGCCCAGACCACCCUGAGGAACGUCCUGGGAACCAAGAACCUGGCAGAGCUGCUGUCAGACCGUGAGGGAAUCUCACACAGCAUGCAGGCCAGUCUGGAUGAGGCUACUGACCCAUGGGGCAUCAUGGUAGAGCGUGUGGAGAUUAAGGAUGUGAAGCUGCCCCAUCAGUUGCAGAGAGCCAUGGCAGCAGAGGCAGAGGCCAGCAGAGAGGCCAGAGCGAAGGUGAUAGCAGCAGAGGGGGAGAUGAACGCCUCCCGAGCCCUGAAGGAGGCCUCUCUAGUGAUCUCAGAGUCUCCGUCUGGUCUCCAGCUGCGCUACCUCCAGACCCUCACCACCAUCGCUGCAGAGAAGAACUCCACCAUCAUCUUCCCUCUGCCCAUGGACAUGAUCAGCCACUUCAUGAGGAAGUGAUGUCAUCGACACUCCACCAUCAUCUUCCCUCUGCCCAUGGACAUGAUCAGCCACUUCAUGAGGAAGUGAUGUCAUCAACGCUCCACCAUCAUCUUCCCUCUGCCCAUGGACAUGAUCAGCCACUUCAUGAGGAAGUGAUGUCAUCAACACUCCAUCAUCUUCCCUCUGCCCAUGGACAUGAUCAGCCACUUCAUGAGGAAGUGAUGUCAUCAACACUCCACCAUGCAACUUUCAAUCAGUUUGAUAUGAUUUUUCAAUUCAAUGAUGUUUCUGACAAUUUAAUUUAAAUUACCAUGUUGCAACAUUUUGUAUGAGUCAUGACAAAUAUGAAGAAAAUUACAUGUCAACAUAAUGUUAUUUUCCAUUAACAAAAUGCUUGAACAUUUGACAUGGAUUAGCAUGGUGAAUUUAAUUUGUUUUAAAAUAAACAUUGUUUAUUUCCUUCUCCUGA